AUGUGCUCUUCUUCCCCUUUCCAGGGCCCCGCCGCCAAGCCCGGCAAGGCUCUGCGCGUCCAGUCAGACGGGACAGAGCUCAUGCGCGAAGUGACGGAGGCGAGGAGGAGGAUCGCGGCUAGGCGGGGGAAGGCGGUGUGGGCGGGGGAGGAGAGCCACAGGAGGUCGUGGGAGGACGUGACGGCGGCGACGGAAGGGCUGCUGGAGGAGGGAGGAGAGAGGGAGUAA